GGUAAAAUGACCUGUGAGCCAGUGAGGGAUUUGGAAUUACUGCGCGCACCUGGACCCGACAACGACGCGCUUAUCACGCAACAGUUGUCAAAUCUAUAUGUACUUUACAUAAGUCAUAUUUAUAAAGGAAGCGCUAUUUGAAUACGUUUUAUCGGAGAGAUAACUAUGGCAACUAGUAUAGGACUGGCCAUGAAUCCUCCACACACAGAUGAGAGGGCUGUUUUCACGCAGCUGAAGCCUGUGCGGAUGUCUGGAGCCGACGGCGCAGAGGACUCGUCCGUGUUCGAGGAAGUGAAACCCGCGAUCCGGUUGGAGAUGGAAAAAUACCUCUCCCAGACCCCAGGCAGCCCCCUCAUCCCUCCCUCCAUGGCCCCCACAGACAAGAAGAACCGCAGAGAGAGCGCCUCGUUGGUGGACGAGUACUUCUCAGAGGAGAAGCCCAACACGGCCCCAUACAGCGUCAACAUCAACCUCAUCCUCCCCAACACCACCCACCUCCGCACUGGCCUGUACCGGCCCAACAAGCCUAACCAGCAGCACCACCAGGCCCACCAAAAUCACCUACUCCAACACAUCAAGACAGAGCCGGGUGUGGAUGUGCCAGUGCCCUGCUCCAUACAGACCUUGCCUGACUUCACGUCUGUCUUCAGCAUGCCCCAGACCGUCAACACCAUGUUUAUCAAACCCGACAUGGCUGCCGGUGGCCACCCAGUUUCAGACACACACACAGAGCUGUACAUUGGCCCCCAGAAACCACAGGUCUACCAGAUGCCUGUUCCUGUCAGUGGAGCUGACCUCACAAUGACCCUCUCCCACAGCAGCCAACCAGGGAACGGCGGAGCAAGCAACGGUAGAACCAUGAUAAACCUGAACAGUGUCUCCUUGACGACGGUGGGUCACGGCGGUGGUGACUCGUCGUUUGCGAUGCCGGACCAUUUCUACCACCACCACACCACCGCAUCGCCCCAGUCCCAGCCCCACAGCCUACCUCCCUCACCCCCCAACUCCCAGCCGGGUAGUCCUGAGAACCAGGCAGAGCUGCUCACCCCCCCUCCCCCCUACCAGGCCUCCACGAGGCUGGGAUUGAAGGUCACCCAGAUGUCCCACCACUCCAUGCUCAUGGCCCAUGGACAGGGGGUGCUGACGGGACCCAGGUACAACCGACGGAACAACCCAGAGCUGGAGAAGAGACGGAUCCACUUCUGUGACUUCCCAGGCUGCACCAAGGUUUACACAAAGAGCUCUCACUUGAAAGCACACCAAAGGACACACACCGGAGAGAAACCAUACCGUUGCAGCUGGGAGGGCUGUGACUGGCGUUUCGCCCGCUCUGACGAGCUGACGCGACAUUACCGUAAACACACGGGAGCCAAGCCCUUCAAGUGUGUGGCCUGCAGUCGUUGUUUCUCCCGUUCAGAUCACCUGGCCCUACACAUGAAGCGCCACCAAAACUAAACACACACACACACACGCUACGGCCACCUGAAGCAUCACCCGAACUGAGGGACAUCAUCCUGAAGCCCCCAAAAUGCAUUGCACCGCAUAAGGGCUGCGGAUGGACUGCCUGACUGACGGACCUAUCCUCCUAUUCAAAACUCAAAACUCCUUAUCAUGAAAUAUUUGACACCAUCUACAACGAUACAAUGAUCAAAAUGUCUGCUCCUGACGUCACUACUAUCGGGAGGUACGGACUUUCAAAGAGAUAGCGGCCCAUGGACGCCAGCCUCCAAUUGAACCCACGUAAUAAUGGAUGUAUGCCUGUCUGUCUGUAUAUAUAGUUGCGUAUAGUGUGUCGUUGUGUGUGUUUCUGAAAAAGCAAAGAAUUUAUUGACAUUUAUACUUGACUAUAAUUUUUUUUUUUUUACACAUCUGCAGUUGAGAUUUCAUUCCAAUCAUGACCAUGUUGGACAAUACUUUCAAGUCACAUGAGCUUCCUUAUAUGGUAACAUAUAUCUUCGUGACAAAUCAACAGAAUCCUCUGGAAAACGCCGUUGGACAUCGUCUUACAUUCAUAACAACUCGUUUCUAUUCGGGUUCCUGAGAGCCUGGAGCGUUUAGCCAUGUUUAUUAUUCUUUCUGUAACCACGGAGACAAACCUCUUUGAUAGGGGCUCGCAACAACAUUACCCUGCAUCUAUUUGCAGUGUCAUCUUUAAGAGUUUGUCUAACAGUUCAUGCAUGUAUUAUAACUUCUUAUUUUGGUUAUUAUGUUUUAAUGUUAAUUAGUCUUGUCCUGCGACCUCACUAUUUAUGUAUAAUAAUUACUGAGUUGAAUUUACUACAGCUCAAAAGACAAUAGUUAACCACAUUACCUUGAAAUUAGAAUCGUCCCCAUGCAGAUUUUGAUAUUUACAAAUCAGUUUUUUUUUAUUAUGUAUUGUAGCCUGAUAAGAGUUGAACUAGUGUGUGUGCCAAACGAUUAGAGAACAUGCUUCAUACAGGUUAUCAUGUUGAAAGAUAUUGGCAGCAGGAUAUGAGACAAUGCCCAACCCCUCCAUGGUCACCUUUAUUACACUAUUAGUCAGUCACAGUAAUGAUUCAUUAACAUAAUGAUGCUGGAUGGACACUUUUUUACAUGUUUUUUUUUUAAACACGAGGGCACAUACAGUACAUUCAUACAUAUCGGUCAAAGCAGUGGACAUACAUUUAGGGUUUAAGCCUAAUUCUGGACUAAAAAAAAUGAAAUGAAUGGAGAAUCUCCAUUGGUGUCCAGGGAACUUUCCCUUUCUGCUGUCAGUUGUUUUCACCUGUCAGAUAUGAUUGGCUGACCUUUGGCCUUUGAUAGUUGUAAGGCUGGCAACUGUUUACCCUAAGUUGCCCAUACACCCAUGUAAUAACUGUAGUAAAUGGUUUAAAUCAUAUCAGUUUGGGCAAAUGCCCAGUUGGUUUUAUACUCUGUGUCUGUCAUUCUGCCUUUCUGAAUGGAGUCUGUCUCUCCUCUCUUAUGACCUUAUCAAUGUUUAGACCAUUAAGCAUUCUUCCAGCCAGUACUGUCAGCUACCUUUCUCUAGCCUUCCCACUAAGUACUGAGUUUCUGUACCUAUUGUUGAACAUGGAGGGACGAAUUCCUGCCCCCCCCCCUAGUGGAUGUACAUUCAACAAGGCGGACUUCCUCUCUGGGUGGAACGCAACGACAAUGUGGACAAAAGUGCGCGCUGCCCCAAAAGAACAGACUCAGUCCUUGCACAUGCACGCAUGUCGAUCGACAGAGUGACGCUUGAAGCAACCUUAAGCCUAGCCCUAGACUAAAAAAAAGCACUUUGAAUGGAGGUUGUUCACGAAGCAAGUUUUUUUUAGUUGAGCACUCGAAGUAGGCUUAAUCUGGGUCCGGGAAACCAUCUAGGAGUAUUCAACACUUAUGAGGCCACUAAAUUAUACAUUUCCGUCUUUCUGACAGAGAGACUGUUUUGUUUUUAGCUCACUGAAUGACUAAAGCACUUCCUUCACUCUAGGAACAAGUUCUCUGCGUUAACUUCCUUCAAUGAGAGGGAGCUAUGAUGAAUCACUGUAUAUACUGUCAUUUUUGAAUAGAAGACUUAAGUUGUGAAUAUGUUUUCUCUAGUAUAGGAUCUUUUUGCUAUGAACAAAAGGGGAUUCUAGGUUGGUGUUUAAUGGCUGGUUAUUCAUUUUGACACCUAUUGCGUGUAUGGUAUGCAACAGAAUCAGCUCUGUACGACUUUUUUUGUGUAUUUCAUUCGUUUUUUUGUUUGUGCAAAAUCCUGAAAGUGAAUAAAGAGAUUACAACUAGA